CCGUUGGGGAAAGCCUGGCGCGCGUCGGUAGGUGAGGGCAGAUUUUCUCUCCGUCGGUAGGCUAUCCCUGCGUAGCCUAAAUGUCGCAGAGCUGCACACUGCCCCGCAUCUUUUUUUGGGGGAGCGAGCGCGACGAAACAGGGUGUCUGCGCUCGAUGGGCAUCUACCGGCUGAACCAGUGCGAAGAGGGAGGGAAAUAUAUUUAACAGCCAGUUGUUGUCGGAAUUUAUCAGAUUAACCAUUUCACCGAGGAUCGGAGGUACUGAUUAGAAAACAGGGGAGGGAGGAGAAAAUGUCUCAUAGGUUAGGCUUCAGGCAGGGCGCCGUCUGACUUCUUCGAAGCCCAGAAAACUUUGUAGGUUUUUAUUUUUAAUUUGGGCUUUUUUCUUUAUAUCCUCCGGACUAAAGGAUGAUGCACUUGAAACCCCACAAGGCUUCAAGAAGGGGCUGAUGCUAUAGCUGCUACCGUGGAUGGUACAAACCUAAAGACUAAGUAGCUGCAGGAUGAAAACAUGGCCGCACCCCUUCUUGCACCGCCAGGACCUGACAGCUUCAGGAAGUUUACUCCAGAAUCUUUGGUGGUCCUUGAGCAGCGCAUCCAAGAGGAGAAGAACAAAAAGCCACCCAAGCAGGACAGCAGCUACCGUGACGACGAUGACGAGAACAAGCCCAAACCCAACAGUGACCUGGAGGCUGGGAAGAGCCUGCCCUACAUCUAUGGGGACAUCCCUAAGGGAAUGGCGGCGGUACCACUGGAGGAUCUGGACCCAUUCUACGUGAAUUCUCAAAAAACAUUUAUAGUGCUAAAUAGAGGGAAGACAAUCUUCCGUUUUAGUGCCACACCUGCCUUGUACUUAAUAAGUCCUUUUAAUCCGGUUAGGCGAUUAGCUAUUAAAAUUUUGAUACAUUCUCUUUUCAGCAUGAUCAUUAUGUGUACUAUUUUGACCAACUGUAUAUUCAUGACCUUUAGCGAUCCUCCUGAGUGGUCAAAACAAGUAGAGUACACGUUCACGGGAAUUUAUACGUUCGAGUCUCUUGUAAAGAUCACUGCGCGAGGCUUCUGUAUAGAUGGGUUUACAUUCCUAAGAGAUCCAUGGAACUGGCUGGAUUUCAUGGUCAUUUCGAUGGCAUAUAUAACAGAGUUUGUGGACCUGGGCAAUGUAUCUGCGCUGAGAACAUUCAGAGUUCUCCGAGCAUUGAAAACUAUCUCUGUCAUUCCAGGCCUGAAGACCAUUGUGGGUGCCCUGAUCCAAUCUGUGAAGAAGCUUUCGGAUGUGAUGAUCCUGACCGUCUUCUGUUUGAGCGUCUUUGCCCUCAUUGGUCUCCAGCUCUUCAUGGGUAACCUGCGCCACAAGUGUGUGUUCUGGCCAAUCAACACCAACGAGAGUUACCUAGCCAAUGGCAGUAAGGGCUUUGACUGGGACGAAUACAUCACGAACGACACCAACUUCUACUUCCUGCCUGGCCAGUUGGACGCUCUGCUCUGUGGGAACAGCUCAGACUCUGGCCGCUGCCCGGAGGGCUACACAUGCAUGAAAGCUGGGAGGAAUCCAAACUACGGCUACACCAGCUUUGACAGCUUCGGCUGGGCCUUCCUGGCUCUCUUCCGACUCAUGACACAGGACUUCUGGGAGAACCUUUACAUGCUGACCCUCAGGGCGGCAGGGAAGACCUACAUGAUUUUCUUUGUCUUGGUGAUCUUUGUGGGUUCUUUCUACUUGGUGAAUCUGAUCUUGGCUGUGGUAGCCAUGGCCUAUGAGGAGCAGAAUCAGGCCACCAUGGAAGAGGCCGCGCAGAAGGAAGAAGAAUUCAAGGCGAUGCUGGAGCAGCUAAAGAAGCAGCAAGAAGAUGCUCAGACGGCUGCAAUGGCAACCUCUGCAGGCACAGUGUCGGAGGAUGCGGUUGAAGACGAUGGAGGAGGGCGUCUUUCCUGCAGUUCGUCCGAGAUGUCGAAGCUCAGCUCCAAGAGCGCUAAAGAGCGCCGCAACCGUAAGAAGAAGUGGCGGCAGAAGGAGCAGGAGAAGGAGAAAGGCGACAGCGAGAAGUUUGUCAAGUCAGAGUCGGACGAUGGCAGCAAAAGGAGCCGCUUCAGAUUCCCCGAUAACCGCCUGGGCCGAAAGUCUUCCAUCAUGAACCAGUCUCUCCUGAGUAUACCGGGCUCACCCUUCCUCUCACGCCACAACAGCAAGAGCAGCAUCUUCAGUUUUAAGGGCCGCAGCAAGGACGUGGGCUCGGAGAACGAAUUCGCCGACGAUGAGCACAGCACCGUCGAGGAGUGCGAGGAGCGGCGAGGCUCCCUGUUCAGCCCGUACCGGCGGAGCAGCUACACUGGCUUCCAUGGCAAGAGGAACAGCACGGUGGACUGCAACGGCGUGGUGUCGCUCAUUGGCCCCGGGCCCGGUGGACGCCUUCUGCCUGAGGUGAAAAUAGAUAAGGCAGCUACUGACGAAAGUCCGACUACUGAGGUUGAGGUGAAGAAGAAGCUGUCGGGCUCCCUGAUGGUGUCUGUGGACCAGCUCAAUACCUCCUUUGGGCGGAAAGAGCGGGCCAACAGUGUCAUGAGCGUCAUUACCAACACACUAGUGGAGGAACUGGAGGAGUCUCAGCGCAAGUGUCCCCCAUGCUGGUAUAAGUUUGCUAACACAUUCCUGAUCUGGGAGUGCAGCCCCAAGUGGAUUAAGAUCAAGGAGAUUGUGAACCUUAUAGUCAUGGAUCCCUUUGUGGACCUGGCCAUCACCAUCUGUAUCGUCCUAAACACCCUCUUCAUGGCUAUGGAGCAUUACCCCAUGACCCCUGACUUUGAAGAUAUGCUGUCUGUAGGAAAUCUGGUUUUCACGGGGAUCUUCGCAGGAGAGAUGCUUUUCAAGCUUGUAGCUAUGGAUCCGUACUACUACUUUCAGGAGGCCUGGAACUGUUUCGAUGGAUUCAUUGUGACUCUGAGCUUAGUGGAGCUUGCUCUGGCUGACGUUGAGGGCCUCUCAGUCCUGCGGUCAUUCCGAUUGCUCAGAGUGUUUAAGCUGGCCAAGUCGUGGCCCACUCUCAACAUGCUGAUCAAGAUCAUUGGUAACUCAGUGGGAGCCUUGGGAAAUCUGACUCUGGUGCUGGCCAUCAUAGUCUUUAUCUUUGCUGUGGUGGGCAUGCAGCUGUUUGGGAAGAAUUACAAAGACUGUGUGUGUAAGAUCUCUGCUGAAUGUGAGCUGCCCCGCUGGCACAUGAAUGACUUCUUCCACUCCUUCCUGAUCGUCUUUCGUGUCCUGUGUGGUGAGUGGAUCGAGACCAUGUGGGACUGCAUGGAGGUGGCCGGCCAGGCCAUGUGCCUAAUCGUCUUCAUGAUGGUCAUGGUCAUCGGUAACCUGGUGGUUUUGAACCUGUUCCUUGCCUUGUUGCUGAGCUCAUUCAGUGCUGACAACUUGGCGGCGACAGAUGAUGACGGUGAGCCGAACAACCUGCAGAUUUCUGUCAUGCGCAUCAAGAAAGGCAUCGCAUGGAUAAAAGCCAAGAUGCGAUUACUGAUGGCCAGUCUGCUGAGGAAACCACCGAUGGAAGAUGAGCAGAAGCCUUUGGAAGACAUGUACGACAAGAAACUGAACUGUAUCGCUAAUCACACUGGGGUGGACAUUAACCGUGACCUGGACUAUGCCAAAAAUGGUAACGGCACUACCAGUGGUAUUGGCAGCAGCGUGGGCAAGUACAUGAUCGACGAAGACCACAUGUCCUUUAUCCACAACCCGAAUCUGACCGUUUGCGUACCAAUAGCUGUGGGAGAGUCCGACUUUGAGAACCUCAACACAGAGGACUUCAGCAGCGAGUCAGACAAUGAGAACAGCAAAGAGCUGGAUGACACCAGUUCUUCGGAGGGCAGCACCAUCGACAUCAAACCAGACGUGGAGGAGGUGGUUGUGGUGGAGACGGUUGAGGAAUACAUGGAACCAGAGUCCUGUUGGACAGAUGCGUGCGUGGCCAAGUAUAAAUGCUGUGAUGUUGACAUCACUAUGGGAUGGGGGAAGAGCUGGUGGUUCCUGAGAAAAACCUGCUACCUGAUUGUGGAACACAACUGGUUUGAGACGCUCAUCAUCUUCAUGAUUCUCCUCAGCAGUGGCGCUCUGGCCUUCGAGGAUGUGUACAUUGAGCAGAGGAAGACCAUUCGGAUCAUUUUGGAGUAUGCUGACCGGGUGUUCACCUACAUUUUUAUCCUGGAGAUGUUGCUGAAGUGGGUCGCCUAUGGUUUUGUCAAGUAUUUCACCAAUGCCUGGUGCUGGCUGGACUUCUUCAUUGUGGAUGUGUCUAUAGUCAGCCUUGUAGCUAAUGCGCUGGGCUACUCCGAUCUAGGGCCCAUUAAAUCACUCAGGACACUAAGGGCCUUGAGACCCCUCAGAGCCUUGUCACGUUUUGAAGGGAUGAGGGUGGUAGUCAACGCCUUGGUGGGUGCCAUCCCUUCCAUUAUGAAUGUGUUGCUGGUUUGCCUCAUCUUUUGGCUGAUUUUCAGUAUCAUGGGGGUCAAUCUCUUUGCGGGCAAGUACUACUACUGUUUCAAUGAGACAUCCGAGGAAUAUUUUCCCACCAGCGUGGUCGACAACAAGACCCAGUGCUUCGAACUCAUUAACCAAAACUAUUCUGAGGUCAGGUGGAAGAAUGUCAAAAUCAACUUUGACAAUGUGGGCGCCGGCUAUCUUGCGCUGCUGCAAGUGGCCACAUUCAAAGGGUGGAUGGACAUUAUGUAUGCAGCUGUGGAUUCAAGAGAGGUGGAGAAACAGCCUGACUAUGAAGUCAAUAUCUACAUGUACAUCUACUUUGUUGUCUUCAUCAUAUUUGGCUCCUUCUUUACCCUGAACCUCUUCAUUGGUGUGAUCAUUGACAACUUCAACCAGCAAAAGAAAAAGUUUGGAGGUCAGGACAUCUUCAUGACAGAGGAACAGAAGAAGUACUACAACGCCAUGAAAAAACUGGGAUCCAAAAAGCCACAGAAACCUAUUCCUCGACCGCAGAAUAAAAUCCAAGGGAUGGUGUUUGACUUUGUGACGCAGCAAGUCUUUGACAUCUCCAUCAUGAUACUAAUCUGCCUCAACAUGGUCACCAUGAUGGUGGAAACGGACGAUCAGUCAGAUGAAACCGAGAUCGUCCUCUACUGGGUCAACUUCAUCUUUAUUGUAAUCUUUACCACGGAGUUCUUGCUGAAGCUUUUUGCGCUCCGCCACUAUUACUUCACCAACGGCUGGAAUAUCUUUGACGUUGUGGUGGUCAUCCUGUCCAUUGUUGGUAUGUUCCUGGCUGACCUUAUUGAGAAGUACUUUGUGUCACCGACCUUGUUUAGGGUAAUCAGGUUGGCUCGCAUUGGCCGUAUUCUUCGUCUGAUCAAAGGAGCAAAGGGCAUCCGGACUUUACUCUUUGCUUUGAUGAUGUCACUGCCAGCUCUUUUCAAUAUUGGCCUACUGCUCUUCCUCGUCAUGUUCAUCUUCUCCAUAUUUGGCAUGUCUAACUUUGGCUACGUAAAACAUGGAGCGGGGAUUGAUGACUUGUACAACUUUGAGACCUUUGGCAACAGCAUGAUCAUCCUGUUCAUGAUCACCACAUCGGCUGGCUGGGAUGGCUUGCUACUGCCGAUCCUCAACUACCCGCCAGACUGUGAUCCCAACUUGGAGAACCCUGGGACUUCAGUGAAAGGUGACUGUGGUAACCCGUCAGUGGGGAUCUUCUUUUUUGUCAUGUAUAUCAUCAUAUCUUUCCUGAUUGUGGUUAACAUGUACAUCGCCAUCAUCCUGGAGAACUUCAGCGUGGCUACAGAGGAAAGUGCUGAUCCCCUCAGCGAGGACGACUUUGAGACCUUCUAUGAGAUCUGGGAGAAGUUCGAUCCCACUGCCUCUCAGUUCAUUUCUUUUGCCAAGCUACCUGACUUUGCCGAUGCUUUGGAGCACCCACUUCGUGUGCCAAAGCCCAACACUAUAGAACUAAUUGCCAUGGACAUGCCCAUGGUGAGUGGCGAUCGCAUACACUGCCUGGACAUCUUGUUUGCCUUCACAAAGCGUGUGCUGGGUGACAGCGGUGAGUUGGACAUGCUGAGGCAGCAGAUGGAGGAGCGUUUCGUGGCAGCCAACCCCUCCAAAGUGUCGUAUGAACCCAUCACCACCACCCUCCGCCGCAAACAGGAGGAUGUCUCUGCCAGAACUAUCCAGAAUGCCUACCGCGCUCACCUCAUCAGGCGCGGCAUCAUCUUCAAGCGCAUUUUUGCUAACAAUAAGCUGGAGAACGGUGGGACCAAUCAGGAGAAGAAGGAGAGCACACCAUCCACAGCCUCUCUGCCGUCUUAUGACAGCGUGACCAAACCCGAAAAGGAGAAACAGGAUGAUAACAAGGAGGAGUGGGCCAGGAAAGAGAAGGACAAAAACCAAAAAGAUGAGUGGGAAUCCAAGUGUUAGGAUUCAGUGACUCUUAAAACCCAAUAAACACAGUCAGAUGAGACUCUGAGCCUGAACCCAACAAAUGUCAAAAAAGUGAUGAUCAUUUGCAAGCAAGAGAAAUAUAACAAAAAAAAAAAAAACCCAACAAAAAAAAAAAAUGUUUACAUAUUCAAAUACUGCUGAGGCAAUGUGGUUUCCUAUGUCGUCAAAGACAGCUGAACCAAACACAAUCAGUUUACUGCUGAACUUUUUCUGCAUUGAGACCAAGCUCAUAGAAAUGAGGAAUUAAAAAAAAACAAUGCUGAAAAACAGUAACUCACAGUGUGCUGGCCAUUGGCACACUAUUUCUUUGGGGACCAACUGCCAAGGUACAGAAAUCUCUGCAAGAUUAUUGGACAAUUGCGAAAUACCUGCCACCACCGAGUGUGGAACCCGGAGCUUUGCUGCGGGACUGGAUCAUGCCGAUCCCAAGAGAACUGUAUUAGCAGUCUAAAGGAGGGUCUUAAAUGCUGAGUUUACCAUCUUUAUCGAGGAGAAAACAGUGAUCAACCAAGCAAGUUUAGCUUUGAAAGAAACACUAGUGAGGGAGGGGGAACCCAGAACCGUAGACAAAGAUUUUUGUUUGUUUGUGCCGAGUAUACUUGCAUCUUUACAUUAUUUGAGCAGCAAAAAAAAAAAAAAGGAAAGAAAAAAAA